CAUGUCCGGUGCGUGACCAUAGUAACCGGGGAAGCGACGGUUUGUUUUCAGUUGUCUACAGCGGAGGAAGCAAGAUGUCUGAAGUAGAAGAAACCCUGAAGAGGAUUCAGUCCCAGAAAGGAGUGAUUGGGACAAUAGUAGUAAACGCUGAAGGCAUUCCUAUCAGAACCACUCUAGAUAACUCCACCACAGUACAGUAUGCUGCGCUCCUUCACCAGCUCUCUAUGAAAGCUAGAAGCACAGUACGUGAUCUGGACCCUCAAAAUGAUCUGACAUUCCUCAGGAUCCGUUCCAAGAAGCAUGAGAUAAUGGUUGCUCCAGAUAAAGACUAUCUCCUGAUUGUUAUCCAGAAUCCAUCCGACUAAGAAUGCACCACAAAGUUCUGUAUUUAAUAAGAAUUUGUCUUCCCCCAAGGGCAGUAAAUGGGACAAAGAUGCAACUUUUUAAGUUUUUAAGAACUAAAGGAGACAGAUGUGCAGAAGUAGGAGAGCACAUCUAAGAUACAUCUAGGCACUUACGUUCACUAUUGUGUGCUUAAGAGCCUAUGUUGUAGCUUAGGCUUUUCCUGGAGAAGACAUAUUAGAAGUUCUAUCCUACAUCAGCAUGUCUGCCUUGCUGUUUUGCAAUGCUGCUAACUUUAUAUGACAACUUCACGGUCCUACAAGUCAAAUGUGUUUAUUAAUUUACAAUAAAGUAUUAUUUGCAAAUAAAUGAUACAUUCCAAA